AACCACCAUAUCUAACUAGAAGACAUUGUUAUUUGCAGCACAAGUUACUCUACUCUCUCUCUCUCUUUCUCUGUCUCCCCCCCCUGCUCCUCAAACCCUAAAUUAUUAAAUUCGAAAUUUUGAAAAGAAGAAGAAGAAAAACACAAGACAUUAGACACCGACACCAAACUCUGCGUCUUUGAAGCAUUUGGUUCUCUUUGUGUUUCAGUUUCUCACGAGAGUAUCCAGAAUGGACGCAUGCAAGCCUGACCCAGUUGAGAGAAUCGAGCAUGGAGCGAGACCCACCUGAGAGAGCUGCAUUACGGUGGUCACUAUGGGGAAGACAGAGGAGGACCGGGCGGUGCCAGCUGGAGUGGGUCCCCAGUCGCAGGACCAGAAUGCGCAGACCCAGUGGUGUGGGAACUGUGGCUUUGGGUGGUGUUGUGGGGGGUUUCGGAGGCUCAUUGGGCUCAGAUGUCUCUUCGUCCUUCUGCUCUCGGCGGCCGUCUUCCUCUCCGCUAUAUUUUGGCUGCCCCCGUUUCUUCAGUUCGCAGAUCACCGGGAUCUGGAUCUCGAUUCAAAGUUCAAAGAUCAUGAUAUAGUGGCAAGUUUUUAUCUUAAGAAGCCGAUUUCUUUGCUGGAAGACAAUAUCUCACAGCUAGAGGAAGACAUACUUAAUGAGAUAGGCUUUUCUACCACCAAAGUGGUCAUCUUAUCUCUGGAACCCAUAGCUAGAUCAAACACAACAAAGGUUGUAUUUGGGGUUGACCCUGAUGCAAAAUAUUCAGUAAUAUCCCAAACUACUCAAAGUUUUAUCAGGGCAAAUUUUGUUUCUCUGGUUAUACAGCAACUUUCUCUUCGCCUGACUACAACCUUGUUUGGGGAACCAUUCUUUUUUGAGGUUCUAAAAUUCCCAGGAGGAAUUACUAUCAUCCCCCCGCAGAGUGCAUUUCUUUUGCAGAAAGUACAAAUCCUUUUCAACUUUACUUUAAACUCCCCUAUCUAUCAAAUACAAUUGAAUUUUAAUAAACUGACGAGCCAGCUGAAGUCAGGAUUACGCUUGGCACCCUAUGAGAACUUGUACGUUAGCUUAUCAAACUCAAAAGGUUCAACAGUAGCUGCGCCCACCGUUGUUCAGUCAUCUGUUCUCCUGGCUGUUGGGAAUACUCCCUCAACACAAAGAUUAAAGCAACUGGCUCAGACCAUCACACAUUCUCAUUCAAGAAACCUUGGCCUGAACAACACUGUAUUUGGUAGGGUUAAGCAAGUUCGGCUUUCAUCCAUAUUGCAACACUCCCUCCAUGGUGGUGAUGGCAGUGGCCCCUCACCUUCUCCUGCACCUCUGCCUCAUCCCCACCACCGCCGCCACCACCACCACCACCACCAUCACCACCACCAUCACCACCAUCACCAUGAUACUCAUCUAGAUCCUGCAAUUUCUCCUGCUCCUUCAAUCGAGAGGGGGGUGCCUGCAGCUCAAAGAGGUGCGCCUGCACCUAAGGAUGGUUCACCUGCACCGAAGAGAAGUUUGCCAGCACCCGAGAAAAGUUAUGAAGCAAAGCCUCCUGGUUGCCAACUUGGAUAUAGGAGGAGUUCUAAAGGGCAUGCCAGUAAGCACUCUCACUUUGCCCCUACUGUUGCACCAUAUAUUUCUCCUUAUUAUCCUGUGGCCUCACCAAAAGCGCAAGUAGUCCCACCAGCUCCCAUUUAUCAUACAAUUCCUGGUUCUAGUCCUUUGCCAAAUGUUGUUUUUGCUCACGUUCAGCCCCCAACGAAGAGUGACUCAGAUUCAGGACAUUCUGACACUGUGCCUGCAUUUGCACCAUCACCAUCUUCAUCUUGUGCAGGUUUUCUUACUGCUCAAUUGCCAUUUUAUCUGUUCCUCGCUCUCGUAUUACAUCUAUAAUAAUAGAGGAGAAUCAUUCAAUAUUCUAGUGGAAAUAACUUCUCUGGUACUCAAAAAGGAAAAAAAUUGUAUCUUUCAAGUGGACGAACCGGAGGAGUUCUGUAAGUGUGAGGUACGCAAAGGGCGUGUUUCACAUCCGAGUGGAUAUGUGCUGUUUUUUAUGCGUGUAAAUAUUUGAUCAAAGGAAUCCAGUCGGGAGAUGCAUUUUCAGGUCAAAGUCCCAUAGGUGGCAGGCCUUCAAUGCAUGCAUCGCUUUACCGCUGUUUUGUGUAUCCUAAUAUGCAGAGAAAUGUAAGGAGUAGAGAACCAAAAUAUCAAUAACAAUACCUUUUUGUUUCU